AUGUUCAUAUUCCACAAGAGAUGCGCCCUUUCGGCGAAUUUACCUUGGCGCCAUCACACCUGCUCUUCGCCUUGCUCCCCUCCCUUUCGAGUGGCCGAUCCCACUCCCGUCUCAUGUCAGGAUCUGCCUCAUGGGCCAGUGGGUCCGUUUCUUCUCCUUCUGCCUGACCGAUUUCACUCGGUUACAGCCCCAGCGUACUUUUACUCCAAGUGCCAUUUCUCAAACCUUCAGUGGCACGCAUUACCUUCACGCAUCCUCUCCUCGAUUAAGCCCGUGUACCCUGAGCAAACUGUGGACAUCUACCUCUGGUCGACCGCUGCAUCACAACUGAAUUAUUAA